UGGCGCUGCACAGACUGAGCAGACGGAGUUCCUUCGCCUGUUUGUCUGUGUUAUCGUUUCUCGGCUGGGGCGAAGGAAUGUCCCAAAUAAGGGGACGACGAUGCGUGCAAUGAGCAACGUCCGUCGAGGUCGAGUUAAUCGUGUUUAUUGUGUGCCUUACUGGACAACGUCGUGACGGCCUCGAGAGGCUCGAAGCUAAUGCUCCUCUCGGACGAUGAGUAGGCGGUCGGAACGAUUGCCCGCUGAGCGGCCGACGGUCGAGGGCUCGGACAGACCCAGCCGAUCGCCGGCCGACGGCGGCGAUUUGGACGCGGACGCAGACGAACUCGAGCGGUUGCGCUGUUCGAGCGUGCAAACAGAGCAAGUGAUCGCCGAGCGCAACCGACGCAACGCUCGGCAGCCCAGUGCUGGUUACCCGGGAUUGGCGUUCGGCGGCUCCAUCUUCUCGUCCAACACGCUGAUGCGCUUCAGGAUAAUCGCCAACGAGCUGCACAACAUCACCAACGUGCAGCUCAAGCGCGCCGAAGGCGAAGUGUCUGCGCUGCGAAACCGCAUCAACGCGCUAGAAGAGAACCUGAGUCGCGAAGAGACGGAACUGCGCCAGGCGAGUCGGGAGGUGUCAGUCGCCAGGAUGGAAAGUCAACAAGACGACGACGACGGCAACGAAGGGGACGGUGAGAUGUCCCUGAUCGACACUCAGCUGAUCGAGUCUAAACUCAGGUACGAGGCCAUGGCCCGGCAGAUCGCUCUCAUCGAUGCCCAGUUCGAACCGACCAAGCCAGCAGCUUCGCCGUGUGGUGCCGAAAACGACUCAAGCUCUGUGGCGUCGACGUCAGACGCCGCACCUGUUUGACUUUACUGCUGUGUUUCGCAUCGUCAACUGCGGGGCGGAAAUGUAAGCAUGUUGUUGCCGUGUGUGGCAACGGAAGUAACGCUCGCAACGCUUUUAAGGUUGGUAAAGUAGGAAAAUUGCGGGCGUUAAAUGGCAUGUGAUAUGUAACGAAUCCCACACCAGUUGGGCGUUUUGGUGGUUUGAUCGAAAGCAGGUUGAAGAUGGCCGAAAGUAGCGCUGUCGCUGCACCUACGAGUGGCUCAAUAUUUUAUCAUGUGUGUGCCCCCUGCAUCGAUAUACCUAUUCUUAAACUCUUAACUUCGCUCAAGUGCAGUAGGUGUUUCUGUUUGCUCUGCUGUUAAAGGGCUUCCAGCUAUCCUGUCAUUGCUGGAGGAGCAUGCUGGUGUUGACAGUCGCUCAUGACAGUAAAGUGAACUCACUGAGGCAUAUGUACUUGGGCUUGCAGCCAGUGGUAACCACAAAGCCAAACACUAAUAUCAUGCAGAGUAUGAAAAAAAAAUGCUAGAAGCAAAACACUGAUAUCAUGCAGAGUAGGAAAAAAGAACUGCUAGAAGCAGCUCGAAAAGCUUUGUAGGGUAUGCGACAGCAACUUCUGGUGUUAUAAAGUGCAUAAAGCAAUAUUGAAUUGCAAUUGGAGAGAUGGAUUUGAGUGCAAUAUUUGGACAAGGCACUAAUGUAGCAAUUAUUUGUCUUAUUUAGGCAAUGGAGCAUGACGUUCUAGUUCUUCCCUUAUAGGUUAGCCAUAUCUCUUCAAAAAGCCGUAUGGCUACACCAAAUGUUAGAAAUUUUAUAUAUAUUUAUUAUACUUAAGUUGACUAUUUUAUAUCAUGUUUAUCUCAGUGACUGAUGCAACUGCAAUGGGGCCAUCAACAAUGAUCUGAAUGGGGAAUAUCUUCGUAGAAUGGAAGGAAUAUUACGAACUCUUUAUUGGUGUUCAUCAUUGUUUGAAAAGCAUGCUAAUGAGUAUCAUUAUCCAAGCCACGAGUAUCAGUGUCCAAGCCACGGAGCAAAAAUGGUCCCAGCAUACGGUGCCUCUUUUUUUUUUUUUUUUUGCCGCUUUGUGACACAGCAGCAUAAUCUUCUUUCUGUGCUUUUAGUGGCAGUCUUUGUACGACGAGUGCACAUGCAGAUAUCGCAAAACAAACGUGUCAACUCAGCCUUCCGCUCGUGAUAACAUCGAGCUCUUACUCCGGUUAUCUCUGGCACCAACACUUCAAAGGCUGUUUUUAGGAAAGCUCUUUCUGUCUAGUGCCUGAAUGGUGUUGUGGCAUCUCUAAAUUACAGUAUUUUCUUAAUCCACGUGGAGCUUUUGACAUGUGGACAAUUGUACUCUCAAAAGUUCUGCAGCCACAACUGGAGAAACCUCUUUUAGUAGCGAAGACAAUGUCAGUUUUUAUGAUGCAUUCUUUUUUUAUAUAUGCUGUCUGCUACCCAAAAGCAAGUGCCUUAAGUCAGGCCCUAUGCACAGUCAGAGAUGUCUGAAAUCUCUGAACAGGGAGAUAUCAUAGCCUUUGUGCCUUACACUUUAUAUGCUCAGAGAGAUAUCAUAGCCUUUGUGCCUUAAAUAAUAUACAAUUAUUUUCGUGUGACAUAAUUGUGAGAAAACUAUUUCUAAAAUUGCUAAAUAUAUAUGGGACAUCAAGUAUACACAGUAGACCUGAGGCGAUGAUGUCUAAGUAGCUGUGCAAUGCAGAACGUUUUGACCAUACGGACAUAAGAAUCACUCCAGCCUAGUUAUGUUUUCCCUGCGACUUAAGGCUGCUUUGUAAUAAUGUGUAUUGUGUAUUUUAUGAAUACCGUGAGUGCCUGAAUGAUGAUGUGCCUUCUAAACAUGUAAAGUUGCACAAAGAAAUUUGUUGUGAUGGAUAAGGAAUGUUCAUAUGUAUAGUGCUACCUACAGAAACUUUUUGAACAUGGGAAGUCUAUGAAUGUUUAAAGUCAUGGGCAGACACUGAGAGAAUUCAGAGCAUGCAUAUUUGUAGCUUUUGUAGUGCUCCUCUGAAUUUUUGUAUGUGAAACUAAACCGUUUGGUAAAUCAGUUUUAAAGUGAUACCUUGUUUAGCUACAUGUAUUCAAUUUGCUUUCAGCAUAUCUUUUGUAGUGAUAUAUAUUGUUUCCCACGUCGAUUCUGUGCUGUUCCAAAAAAAUAUGAGGCUUCAGUUGAAAAGUUCAUAUUGCAGGUUUUUAGUUUGUUGAAAAUUGACUGGCACACUACAAAGGAAAUUAUUUGUCACUGUAGCAAUUAUUCAUGGUUUAGUGUAAAAAAAAGUCUCUUCAAACACUGUUGUAUAUUAAAAAUGAGCAGCUGUGUUUGAACAAGAUAGCAGUUUUAGAGUACUGAAGCGGCACUCAAUUGGUACAGUUAUGCUCGCAGUUAGACAGAACUCAUCUUUAUAAAGUAUAGAUACGGUGAUUUCUUUCUGUCUUGCUACAACGCUAUUUGGCAUCUCAUGGUUACACAUACCAAAGACUGUGGUUAAUGUAAGCUGUGAGCAUAGUCAGUUUAUGGAUGUGCUGCACUAUUUAGUGUCUUGAUGGCACUGUCUUGAGGAGUUUAUUUAAUACAGCCUUUAAACCUCACAGAGCAGCCUUUAUAUCUUUUGAUCUUUACAACACCAGUGGCAUUUUGUGAUUACGGCCACACGUUAGUUCCUUGCUUAGUACUGCUGCGGUAUCCACAGCAUUUUGCCUGGGUGGCAGCUCUCGCAUGGCUCCGAGAUUGAAACUCGGCAUUGCAACUCUUGUGCUUUUGAAGUAGUGUCACGAGCAUGUCAUGCAACAAUUCCUGCCUCAGUUUACUUGUACUCUCUUGCCAAUUUUAGUGUUUGCAUAUGUUAACUGUUUGUAUUUUAGCCUCACAGUGUGAGUUACAGUGGUCCUAACCACCAGGGUAUAGAGACACUAAAGGGACGUCAAAAGUCAAGAUUACUUGUCGUAUUUUUACAAAUUGCAAACAUGUUGGCUUUACCAGGGGCACAGGUUUUAUAAACUAGGGAAUUGUACUUGAAGAGAAGUUGCAGUACCAGCUUAAAAAUUACCACAGCAGCGUUCUUUGACAUAAUCUCAUCAACAACUGACAGCACAGGCAAGCUGAGUCCGAACCAUUUUCACAGGGUGAGGAAGAGUUGUCCGGAAACUCGCGUUUUCCUCCUUUCUGGUGUGUAAACGGCCUAAAUUACACGUGCAGAUAUGCGCAAAGCAACUCAGAACUCUCGUGUCGAUGCAAGGGUUAGUGUUUGCGCAUUUGUGUUGUCAAACCAGAGAGCUCCGCCCUCCAAGCAACAUGGCUGUGGCCAUGAGAAAACUGUCGAUACCUUGAAUAUUCUUUGAUAUCGACCUUUGGGAGGCCUUUCUUUCUUACUCCUUUUCGUAGUGUAUACGCUCAAAAUUGCAGAAACAAUAUGGCGCGAGAUAACUUGCAUAAUUCAGGAUUAAUGGUCAAAAGUGCAGCCAUUGUGGUUACUGCAUAAAUGAUUAUUAGUUGCGUCUGAUCUACCGUUUCCUUUUAGUGUCGUCUGGUGUGGUAUUGUGCUUAUAGCAUUUUAAGCAAAAGUCACGAGUAGUGAGCUAUUCAAAUGGACAUGUUGCGUCUAAUAGGUAGUUACUAGUAUGUAUACUCGCAGCUCCAGCAUUGCAGUUCAACCACUGUCGAAUAUAACAGCGUUGGACGAUCAUUCCUGCCGCAUUGCAUAACUUGUAUCAAGAUAGUGAGACAGUUAUUAUGACAGUUUGCAGACAGCUGCUGUCUACCCGUGGCACUUGUCUCAUUUUUAUUACUCUCAGCGUUGGGUGAAGUGGGAGUGUUCAUACUGAGCGUGUGUUACUGAGUGUAUCAGUUUUUAAUGGGCAGUGUCUUGUUUUUGUGUGGUUUGGUCCUUAGCACUUUGUUGUGACAAUGCAGCACCGUGUUUUACGAAAACCAGCAUACCUUAUCCGUUAAAUGUCACUGUUAUAAAGGUGCAAAGCGAAAUAUCCACUACUAAAAGUUGCGAAAUUAUGCGUCGUGAUACAGAACAGGGUGUCGAGCGUGUGUGUUAGUCUGCCUAAAAGAACUGCAUUUCUAAGGAAAAAGAAGCAAUCAGUUGCAAAAAUAUGGAUAUAUGCUCUUCAAUACUCGCAUGAUUUGAAAGUCUGUUCACCUGGUAGAACUAUAAAACGAACAAAACUUCAAAUCUAUAGCAGUUUGCUUGAACAUUGUAGUGAAA